ACGAAAGGCAGGGCAUCUUCUGGGAAAACAGAUAAGGCAAAGAAGAAAAAGGCAGGCCAUCUUCCUGGGAAAAGAGAUGAAAAAGACUUAGAUAUUGUGGAAUAUAGUUCAACUGCUCAAUUAGGUGAUGUUUUAGUUUACCCUUCUUUGUUUAUGCGAAGUGCCUCUCUUCACUUGCACUUAAUGGCUUCCUCUUCUUCUUCUUCAUCCAUUACUCCUAAAAUAGAGUAUGAGGUUUUCCUUAGUUUCCGUGGUGUGGACACCCGACAAAGCAUUACCAGCCAUCUUUAUGAAGCCUUUUGUCGGAAAAAAGAUUAAAACUUUCAUUGAUGAUAGCCUUGUUAGAGGAGAAGAAAUUUCUAUAUCUCUUUUGAAGGCAAUUGAACAUUCAAAGAUCUCGGAUAUCAUUUUUUCUAAAGGGUAUGCUUCCUCAAGAUGGUGUCUCACAGAACUUGAAGAGAUUGUUAAAUGUAAGAACACGUAUGAUCAGAUCGUAAUACCAGUCUUUUAUGAAGUAGAUCCAACUGAUGUCAGGAAUCAAACUGGGGAUUUUGGGAAAGCAUUUGCUCUACUUGAAAAGCAUUUUAUGGAUGAUUCAGAGAUGUUGCAGAGAUGGAGGACUGCUUUGAGGGAUGCAGCCAACCUAUCUGGUUAUGAUUCAAAGAACUCUAGGAAUGAGGCAACGUUGGUAAAAGAUAUUGUCAAUGAUGUAUAG